AUGGCAAUCCAUACCACACUUGAAUCGACUAGAUGUAUCAUCAAUAAAUUAUGGACGCUUCCUGGGCUUAACCUUCCUGUGCAGGCAACCAAAAAUCUUGAGCUUACGGGACCUGCUAAUCCAGCAUCCUCGGCUUUUCGAGUCGGGGCAAUUGCUCAGGCUACAAUCGCAUGUUCUGCUCUAUCCAGUGCAUAUGUCCAUCAACUUCGGCAAGGACGCAACGAACCCCAAACAGUAUCAGUCGAUUCUAGACACGCAGUCUUGGACUUUAAGUCGGAAGCCUGGGUUACGCUAGACGGCAAGUUGACCCCAAACGCCUGGGACCCAUUGGCAGGCGUAUACGAAACGCAAGAUGGACACGUUCGAAUUCAUACCAAUUUUCCACAUCAUCGAGAUAUCAUACUCACUGUGCUCGGCCUUCCGAUCCGCCCCGUUCCCUCCCGAGACCAAGUCGCGAAAGUCUUCAAGUCUUGGCUGAGCCAAGACUUCGAAGAUGCGGCGACGCUUGCUGGAGGAUGCGUCUCCAAAAUUCGCUCUUUCGACGAAUGGGACGCUCAUCCGCGUGGAAUUCACUCGGCUGGCAAUCCACCCUUGCAAGUAUCGCUCACCAAAACCGGAGAAGCCCCGGUCUGGAAAGUUCCGACGAAACCGGGAGACAUGCCUUUGGCUGGCGUGCGAGUUCUUGACUUGACGAGGGUGAUAGCUGGGCCCGUGUGCGGGCGCACGCUGGCCGCUCAUGGAGCUGACGUGAUCUGGAUCACGUCUCCCAAUCUACCGGCGCUUCCCGCACUUGAUAUAGACACGUCCCGCGGCAAACGAACUAUCCAGCUCGACCUGAACGAUGAAUCUGAUCUGGCGAUCUUCAGGAACUUGCUCAAAGACGCAGACGUCUUGCUUCAGAGUUAUCGACCUGGCUCACUCGCUAGGCGCGGAUUCAGCCCCGAAGUACUUGCCGAAGAAUAUCCCGGAAUCAUAACAGCGAAUCUCAGUGCAUACGGAACCGAAGGGCCUUGGGGAGGUCGUCGAGGGUUCGAUUCCCUCGUCCAGGCGGCAACAGGGUUCAACAUCGCAGAAGCGGAAGCCUCCACCACAGAUCCCGGCAGCCACUCGUCCAUCCAAGCGCUCCCGGUUCAAGCACUAGACCACGGUGGGGGACAUUUACUCACUCUUGGCAUUAAUGCUGCACUUGCACGUCGGAUCAAGGCAAGUCGUAUCACCUCGCGCGUUUGCCGCCUGAGUAAAAAGAUUACCGAGGAAUUUAGGAAGGUGGAAGUUGGAACGUUGAUGUUUCUUUAUUGGGGCAUACCCCAAGCCCCAGAAAUAGAAAACCUUCUUGUCGACGUGCCGGCUGAAUUCGGACAACUUCGGGCCCUGCGCCAUGCAGCUGUGAUGUCGGAGACACCAGUCAAAGUCGGGGUUGCACCUAAUGGACUCAAUGCAUCUCAGCCCCAAUGGCUUCCACGAUGA